AUGACGUGGAUCUUGAUCGCUGCUUUCAUAGUAGCCUUCCUUGUCUACCAGCUCUCUAUUUCCACUUUGUUUAGCCCACUUGCGCGAAUUCCCGGUCCAAAGACUUUCGCCUUGACCAAAUUCAAAUUAGCGUAUGAAGACUACAAAGGAACUCGCACGCGAAAGAUCAACGCUCUCCAUCAGCAAUAUGGACCCGUCGUUCGUAUCGGUCCCAGUGAGGUGACGUUCAACAGCACCUCUGCCUUGCGUGCGAUCUACGGCGCCGGAAGUGGCUUUGAGCGCACUGGGUUCUACCACAUGUUUGAGGUUUACGGUCGAAAGAACAUGUUUUCGUUUGCGACCGCGAAGCAGCAUGGAGAAAGGAAGAAACUCUUUGCCCACGCCUACGCCAAAUCUGUGAUGCUCAAAGGACAGAAUGCAGAAAUGGUCGAGCAGAAGGUCAAGCUUUAUAUGGACCUUUUGGAGCGCGAUGGGGGGGGAAGCGAGAUAUUCUCUACCUUGCAUUAUUUCUCCCUAGACACAAUCACUGAGUUUCUUUACGGAUCUUUCGGCAAGACUGCAUGUCUCGAGGGGCUGGGUCAAGACCGCGCGCUCAUCGGAGACAUCAUCGACACUGCCCGCCGCAAGCUAUCGUGGUAUGCAGUUCAUUUCCCUCACUUCACGGAAUGGCUUUACUCUCGGACUGGGCUUAGUGGCUGCAUUGCGAAAUGGUUGUACCCAAUGCAGCUGCCAACGACUUACAGCGGUAUCCGACUUCACGCGAUGAAAGCUACUCAGAAAUAUGCCAGUGCUUCUGCCAGUGAGAAAGCGGGCGCAUCAGCACUGAUCUCCAGACUGUGGAGCCACCACCAUUCUCAAAAGUCGAAUGGAAUAGAUGAUCUCGAUAUUGCAUCGGAAUGUGCAGAUCAUCUUCUGGCCGGCAUUGACACCACCAGCGACACACUGAUGUUCCUGAUUUGGGCUCUUUCGCGACCAGAGAACAAGCGGUUCCAAGACAAACUCAUCGAGGAAGUCUGCAAUAUUCCCGAAGACUCGCUCAAUGCAAAUGGCAUUCCCAAGGUAGAAAGCAGCGACAGGCUCUCUUACCUCGAUGCUGUUAUCAAGGAGACACUCCGCCUCUACGCACCUCUUCCCGGAUCAGAGCCACGCUCACUUCCCACGGCAGCCACAAUUGAUGGCUACACGAUUCCGCCACGAACGGUGGUUUCUAUAUCCCCGUACGCGCUUCAUCGUAACCCUGAGGUUUUCAAAGAUCCAACCAAAUUCAAUCCUGAUCGCUGGUUGGAUCCCUCCGAGAACGUGGCAGAUAUGAAGAAAUGGUUCUGGGCAUUUUCCAGUGGAGGAAGGAUGUGUAUUGGAAUGCAUCUGGCAAUGGCAGAAAUGACUACUUUGGUAGCGGCGAUCUAUCGAAAAUACAAAACCACACCCAUGGGGGAUUUUGGCACCGUCUCUCCUGGCAUCACAGGUCGGUAUGAGGUGUUCUAUGAUGAAACUUGUAGUAAAAUGCGGGAGCAUGAGUGUCAGAUCGAGUUCACGCCACAUUGA